AGCCCGAGCUACUCCUCCACCUGGCAGCAUGCAGCCCUCGCUAGCCCCGUGCCUCAUCUGCCUGCUUGUGCACGCUGCCUUCUGUGCUGUGGAGGGCCAGGGGUGGCAAGCCUUCAAGAAUGAUGCCACGGAGAUCAUCCCUGGGCUUGGAGAGUACCCGGAGCCUCCUCCUGAGAACAACCAGACCAUGAACCGGGCGGAGAAUGGAGGCAGACCUCCCCACCAUCCCUAUGACACCAAAGAUGUGUCCGAGUACAGCUGCCGCGAGCUGCACUACACCCGCUUCGUGACGGACGGCCCGUGCCGCAGCGCCAAGCCGGUCACCGAGUUGGUGUGCUCCGGCCAGUGCGGCCCCACGCGGCUGCUGCCCAACGCCAUCGGGCGCGUGAAGUGGUGGCGCCCGAACGGACCCGAUUUCCGCUGCAUCCCGGAUCGCUACCGCGCGCAGCGGGUGCAGCUGCUGUGCCCCGGGGGCGCGGCGCCGCGCUCGCGCAAGGUGCGUCUGGUAGCCUCGUGCAAGUGCAAGCGCCUCACCCGCUUCCACAACCAGUCGGAGCUCAAGGACUUCGGGCCGGAGACCGCGCGGCCGCAGAAGGGUCGCAAGCCGCGGCCUGGCGCCCGGGGAGCCAAAGCCAACCAGGCGGAGCUGGAGAACGCCUACUAGAGCGCGCCCGCGCCUAUGCAGCCCCCGCGCGAUCCGAUUCGUUUUCAGUGUAAAGCCUGAAGUCCAGGCCAGGGGUGCCAAACUUUCCAGACCGUGGGGAGUCCCCCAGCCCGUAGAGACCGCAGGUCCUCCUGCCCGCUGCGGGGGAUGGGGUGGGGGUGGGGUUCCCGCGGGCCAGGAGAGGGAGCUUGAGUCCCAGACUCUGCCUAGCCCCGGGAGGGGUGGGGGUCCUUCUACCCUCGCCGGACCCCUACAGGACAAGGCAGUGUUUCCACCUUAAAGGGAAGGGAGUGUGGAACGAAAGACCUAGGACUGGUUCUGGAAGUACAGUAAGAUCUACUCCCAAAUGUAAAGCCUGCACAGGCGACAACACGAACACAGCACUAGAUAGGGUUUCUGUCCCUGACCUGGCCACUGAGUGUGAUGUUCGGCUACGUGAUUCUCUUUUGGUACAGUCUUCUUUGUAAACUAGGGACUGGGACUCUACUGAGAUUCCAAGGAUUGGGGUGCCCCGUGUAGGCAGGUGAGAGGGAGAGGACAGAGGAGGGGUUUAGGGGAGAGAUUGUUGUGGGCAACCACCGAGAAGAAGCUGUUGGCUCCCAGCCUGGCCGCCUCAGAGGUUUGGUUUCCUCCACUCCUUCCUCUCAAAUCUGCCUUUAAAUCCGUAUCUGGGAUGGGGGAAGGCCAGGGUCCGAGAGAUGGUGGAAGGGAUAGAAAUCACACUCCUGGACCCCCAAAGAGCAGUGUUCCGGCCCCCCAACUGCCUUAUCAUAUUUUAAAGGGAUUUUCUACACAACAGUUUAAGGUCGCUGGAGGAAACUGGGCUUGCCAGUCACCUCCCAUCCGUGUCCCUUGCCAGGACACCACCUCCCGCCUGCCACCCACGGACACAUUUCUGUCUAGAAAUAGAGCGUCUUCGUGCUGUCCUCCGAGACAGCCUAUCUUACAUCCAAAAGAAUACGGGGAGGGGGGCGCAAGUGUUGUACAUAUGCCGAGAAGCUGUCAGGCGCCACAGCGCCACCCACAAUCUUUUUUGUAAAUCAUUUCCAGACACCUCUUACUUUCUGUGUAGAUUUUAAUUGUUAAAAGGGGAGGAGAGAGAGUGUUUGUAACAGAAGCACAUGGAGCAUGGGAGCCCUUGGGGCUGGUGGGUUUGGCGAACUUUCCACGUGAGACUCAUCCACAAGAGUGAAAGCCGCAGGUUUUUUUUUUUUUAAGAGUUCAGUGACAUAUUUAUUUUCUCAUUUAAGUUAUUUAUGCCAUUUUUUUCUUUUUCUUGUAGAGAAAGGCAGUGUUAAUAUCGCUUUGUGAAGCACAAGUGUGGUUUUUGAUUUUUUUGUUUUGUCCACCGGAGGCAUUGUUAAUAAAGACAAUGAAUCUCGAGCA